CAAUCAUCAAGUGUGGUGAUAAUGUCGACCCGCAAUAGCUCCAACAUCAUAGCUUGCAAAGGCGUUGUUUGCUGGGGAAAAGGCGAGGCACCCAAGGUAGAAGAGAUAGAGGUGGAACCUCCGAGAUCAGGUGAAGUUAGGGUAAAGAUGUUAUUUGCCAGCCUUUGUCACACUGAUGUCUUAUGCUGCAAUGGCUUUCCAACGCCUCUAUUUCCUCGAGUUCUGGGACAUGAAGGUGUUGGCCAGAUAGAGAGUGUCGGUGAAGAAGUCUUUCACCUCAAAGUGGGAGACAUGGUCAUUCCUACGUACUUGGGGGAGUGUAAAAAAUGCAACAACUGUAUUUCCGGAAAGACCAACCUAUGCGAGACCUACCCCUUGCAAGCUUUCACCGGAUUAAUGCCAGAUGGUUCAUCAAGAAUGUCCAUUAUAACUUCAGGUGGCCGCCAAAUGCUGUACCAAUUUCUUAGUUGCUCCACAUGGUCCCAGUAUACCAUUGUAGACGCUAACUACGUCGUGAAGAUGGAUUCACGGCUAGCUCUACCACACGCUAGCUUCCUGUCCUGCGGCUUCACCACUGGGUUUGGAGCAACUUGGAAAGAAGCCAAGGUCGAAAAAGGUUCUACCGUUGCUAUUUUUGGUCUUGGCGCUGUUGGAUUGGGAGCAGUUGAGGGUGCUCGAGUGCGCGGAGCAGCACAAAUUAUAGGCAUUGACAUCAACAAAGACAAGCGCGAAAAGGGGGAAGCUUUUGGAAUGACGCAUUAUAUAAACCCCAAAGCCAUUGGUGAUAUAUCCAUCUCAGAAAUGGUGAAAGAGCUAACUAAUGGACGAGGAGUGGACUAUAGCUUUGAAUGCACGGGGGUUCCUGAUUUGGUUAACGAAGCUUUGGAAACCACCAAAAUGGGAGUAGGGAAAACGAUAAUGCUUGGAGCAGGGACUCAAAAGAGCAUGGAAAUCGACUUCAUUUCCCUGCUUGGAUGCAGAACAUUCAAAUACUCUAUUUUUGGUGGGGUUAAAGUCCAGUCUGACCUUCCAGUUGUGAUUGACAAAUGCAUCAAUAAGGAGAUACAGAAACUAGAUCAGCUUUUAACUCAUGAAAUUCAACUCAAGGACAUAAACCGAGCCUUUGAUCUACUGAAGGAACCUGACUGCGUCAAGGUUCUCAUCCAGUUAUGA